AUGAUUAUCGAUAUUGGAGGUGGAGGUGGCGGCUUCAUUGCCAUGCUCUUGCGUGCGCACAAGUCUCUCAAGGGCGGGAUUUUCGAUCUCCCGCACGUCAUCGAGUAUGCGAAGUCAUUAUUCCAUUCGGCCGAUGGCCAAUUCGCCGAUAUAGCUGCGCACGUGCCGGUGGAGAACCUUAUUGGCGGGGAUUUCUCUGAGGUAUCCCACCUUCCAAAGUGUAUACGAUGGAGUGGACGCUACAUUAUUGGCGCGAUGAGGAUGCAAGACGCAUUGCGAGAACAGCAGACUGAUCAUCUUGGAGGAGAUGCUGGACACGACAAGGAGUACGAGGUUGUCCCGCUAUGA